AUGCUCUCUCUGAGAGGAUCCAUUAAGGGCGUCGAAGCUUGGGACCCGGAGCGGCUGGCUCAGCACGCCAUCUGCGGCAACUGCGGUCAUACAGGCCACUUGCUUGUGGAUUGUGCGUUCCCUGACGACAGCGGCUUCGUCAGCGGCUGUCCCGUGUGCAACACGAAGCUGCACAACGCCAACGACUGUCUCCGUGUGCAACCUCUCAGCCCGCGAGACUUGGUCUCUUUCAUCAUCGUCCGCCGGGGAAACAAGCCGCCUCUGCGAUGUCGGGAUCCGUGGGGCCCGCUGCCUUGGACGAUCGCGUUCACGAGGGACAUGAUCGAGGGUACUGAGAGGGAUAAGGUCUGGCUCGAGCAUCACUAUUUCGCCGGCGACUAUCAGACCCUGCCCGAAGACAGCACGACCGGCUCAGACAUCGACGGCGCAGCCGCAAACGACGACCUUCUAUCUCAGUGCCACAAGCUGAACAAGGACAUUGACUAA